AUGUCUUUGGAUGAGAUCUGCUGGAAAUUGAUAUUGUUUCCGUGGCUGGUGAAGUUAGCCCAUUGGAAGGGAAUCUGUCACAAUCGCUUCAAAACGACGAUACCCUUUCCUUACAUUACCCUGCCGCCGAAUUUUUCUUUUCCUGCAUCGACAGUGUCCUCGACGAUUCCUUUCACUCCUUUGACCAGCCCUUCGAUCACAUUUAGCACUGGACCCAACCCGACAGGACCACCUUUCACCUCUACUCCAUUCGGAUCGACGACUCCUUCCGUGCCACUAACGUUUACCGCAACCGUUUCCACCCAGACGAUUCCUGUGCCAGCGCCUACCUCAACUACUUUCAAUACCCAAGGCACUCUUACAUCCACUGUUGUGCCAACAACCUUCCCCACGAAUACGAUUCCAAAUCCAGGACUGACCGGCACCUCAAACACGCCUCUCUUUCCAACAGUCACAUUUACAAACCCUUCCGUUCCGACUGCGAGUACAAUUCCUGGUGCGAUAUUAACGUCGACUCUGGGACCGAUAACACCCAUCACGGGUAUAUCUCCGCUGCCGACAUUCCCAACAUUUCUCUCGACAAUUAAUCCCCCAACACUGACUAGCACAGUUCCCACCACUAACGGAGUGACGUCUACCGUGUCCUGUCCGGCAAUUCCACAAAUUUGUCCUCUGUCAGUACUCACAUCGACUACGUUCGUUACAAGCCCAGCGCCCAGCAUUGAUCCUAGACAAACGUUUAACGGAUGCCCAUGUAUUGAUCCUAGGGUUCUACCCUUAAUCUCCACGGCUAAUGACAGCUGCCUUACACCCAAUGCACAGAAUGGGAUCUGCAUCAUGUACGUGAACUGUGAUUUCAUCCUUCAACUGAUCAUACGCAAUGCUAAUCUUCGUGAUCCAUCGAUCGAGAACUACGUAGCCCAAUCCAUCUGUGGCUACAUUGAUGUGACUCCCAUGGUAACUAUGUCAACAUGAUUCCAGUCUAUUGUACACUUGAAAGAUCCUCCGUUACCAUAUCAGGUGUGCUGUCCCACGCUUAGAUUUGCUCAAGGAAGCUCAAACUCUUCCAGCAGCUCUACUAGCCCUACUUCCGGAACUACUACCGGAUCUGGGACUUUUUUUUUCGCUAGCACGGCAGCCCCCACCAGUCAACCGUCGAAUGUAGGUUCUGGAACUGUUACUACCGGUUACUCAACGGUCAGAUUGCCCACGAACGAUGUCGAUCGCUGUGGAAUGUCGAAUGCCACUCAUAUGCGCGUGGUUGGUGGCGUAGAUGCACAAUUGAACGCCUGGCCGUGGAUGGCAGCGUUGGGCUACCGUUCUUCAUCGUUCGAGCUCAAUUCUGGGCCGCGUUUUCUCUGCGGAGGUACGCUAAUCACCACGAGCCACGUGCUCACGGUAGCCCACUGCAUCCAGGUUGGGCUGUACUUUGUGCGUCUCGGUGAGUACGACAUCACGUCCGACCAGGACGGGGCCAGCCCGGUUGAUGUCUACGUUCUGCGAUGGCUCAUACACGAACGCUACGACGUGAAGACCAUUCACAAUGACAUCGCGCUGGUUUUGCUGCAAAAAACUGUCACCAUCAGCGACGCCGUGCGGCCGAUUUGUCUACCCCUGGAGACUCGCCAGCGUACUAAGGAUCUCACCUACUAUGCACCCUUCAUCGCCGGUUGGGGAGCGGUCUCAUUUAAUGGUCCCUCUGCCACUAAGCUGCAGGAGGCGCAAGUGGUAGUACUUCCGGUCGAUCAGUGCGCCUUCAACUAUAAGCUGUAUUUCCCCGGACAGAUCUUUGAUGACACGGUGCUAUGUGCCGGGUUCCCCCAAGGGGGCAAAGACUCCUGCCAAGGCGAUAGUGGUGGUCCACUAAUGUUACCCGAGCUAUCGUCAAACAGUCAGUAUUAUUACUACACACUCAUCGGACUCGUCUCGUACGGUUACGAAUGUGCUCGUGCCGGAUUUCCGGGCGUCUACGUGAAAAUCACGGCAUAUCUUCCUUGGAUCGAGGCAAACCUUAACUUCUGA